AUGGUCACCUCCUUCCCACCCCUUUCCGGCCUCUCGAUCCACGAAACAAAUCGGGCUCGAGACCUGGUGCUCAAGCUGCACCCUGGGACCGUUAUCGAUUUCCGCGCCACUUUCUUGCUUGAGCCGCCUAAAGCUGAAGUAAAAGAAUUUCUAGAGCUGGAGCAUGCCGACAGAAUCACAUCAGAUACCCCACGUCCAGCACGGCUGGCGCAGGUCCGAUACGACGUCAUUGGCGGAUCUAAGGCGGCAGAAUAUCACGAGUCCGUCAUUGACCUCCUAAAAGCCAAACGCAUCAGCCACCAAAUCAUUGGACCUGAGCAUCACGCAGGAUUGACCGUAUUCGAGUUUGAGAAGCUGGUAGAAUGUGUGAAAACUUCUUCCCUCUUCCAAGAGAAGCUCAAGGCUAUCCAGCUGCCUCCCGGCUUCGAGCUCGUCGUUGAGCCAUGGCCUUACGGUGCGCCCGACGACGCCGAUGGCGAGACUCGCUUCUUCCAGGGCCUUUGCUUUGGGAGGCACGCAGCCAGCGGCAACCCGGACUCUAACUUUUACGCAUUUCCCAUUCCCUUGAUACCCAUCAUGGACGCGAGGAAGAAUGAGAUAGUGCGCAUUGACGAGCCAGCCACGGGCGGCAAAGAUGAUGCAUUGAGCGGGCGGACUCACGAGCCAGCCAUCCUCGAUCACUGCCGUUCGGCCGAAUAUGUUCCAGAGCUGCUGCCGUCAGGCAUGAGGAAGGACCUCAAGCCGCUAACGGUGCAGCAGCCGGAAGGGCCAAGCUUCACCAUCUCGGACCCCAAUCUCAUCGAGUGGCAGAAGUGGCGCAUGAGGGUCACAUUCAACCCACGCGAAGGUGCAGUCUUGCACGACAUUCGCUACGACGGCCGCAAUGUGCUCUAUCGACUGAGCAUCAGCGACAUGACGGUGCCAUACGCCGACCCAAGGGCCCCUUUCCAUCUGAACAAUCCCCUCGGGUGUGACUGCUUGGGCGUCAUAAAGUACUUUGACGGCGUCUUGACGAAAGCAGACGGCUCGGCCGAAGUCACCAAAAAUGUCGUUUGCCUACACGAGCAGGACAAUGGCAUCAACUGGAAGCACACCAACUGGCGGACCGGGCGAGCCGUGGUGACGCGUCGCCGCGAGCUCGUCGUACAGUUCAUCAUCACGCUCGCCAACUACGACCCCGGAGCCCUGGCGCAGAACCACCAGCACAUCUUUUGCGUUCGAAUCGAUCCCGCCAUCGACGGACAUCGAAACACGCUGGUGCAGGAGGAGAGCUUGCCCAAUGGCAUGGACAAGCGCACCAACCCCAACGGAAACUACGAGGUCCGCCAGACGCCCAUCACGACAUCUGUGGAGUCGACCUCGCACACUUUAACAAUCGCGUCUUCAAAGUCCAGAACCUGUCAAAGCGGAACCCCUGUCCAGGCCCAGCGCGCACUCUUCGCCCAGCAUCACAUAUGGGUGACUAAGUACAAGGACGACGAGUUGUAUGCCGGAGGUCGAUACACUCUUCAAAGCAGUCGCGAAAUCGGCGGCGUGGCCGAUGCCGCGGCACGGAAGGAAGACAUUUUGGACGAGGAUAUCGUGGUCUGGAGCGUCUUUGGCCUCACACAUAACCCUCGAGUUGAGGACUGGCCGGUCAUGCCUGUAGAGAUGCUGCAGGUGGACAUUACGCCGUCAGAUUUCUUCACCGAGAACCCAGCACUCGACGUACCCUCAAGCGCCGACAUUGGCUCUAAGAGGGUGCUUGACAGAUGCUGCGCGGAUAAAGGCUUGUCCAAGAAACCAGGCGAGAAGUCGCGACUGUAA